AAAAAAAUAGAAAGCCCAGAACGUCAACCAUAAGCUGUCGUAAAAUAAAAAACGGUUAUUCAUGCAAAAAACUUUCGAUCAUCAACCAAAAUUUGAAGACACGAGAAAUGAUAGAAUCACGAAAAUCAAUUGAAAAAAAAUCAAAUUAAUUGUCUUAAGUCAAACCAUACAUGGUAAAAUAAUGCCUCUGUAUUCUUACAUACCGUACUUGGACCCUGACAUAGACGAGAAGGAAAAAAAAACUUUUUCCGGUCAUAUUAUAGACACCGACGACGAAUUAGACUCCCCAAAUAUGGAGAACAUAUCGACAAAAUCACCUCUAAAAACUACAGUGGAAUCCUUCAAACGUAAAGUGAACGAAAACCUCAAAAAUUUCAACUGUAGAAUGAGCGACCUACUUCAAGAUGGUCUAGGUUGUGUUGACAAUAUCUGCAAGCAAGUGAAAGGUUCCAUACGCGACGAUACCAAAACGAUUAGAACAGGAAAUUACAUGGAAAAGUGUGCAACGGGAGACAUAUUACAUUGUAGCGAUGAAAAAAAAUAUAAUUCUUCAGUCACAGGCCUGUCGCAAGAUGCCAUAUUCAUCAUGAACUACGAGAAAAUCAAAGAGUUCCACCGAAAUACCGAGAACAGUAUAUUUACCGUACAGAGCGUGCUAGAGAACCCUGACACCAAAGAUGACAACCUACCCCCCCUUUCAAAACGAAUGAAACCCCGCUCAAGGCCCACCUCUAAGAGCCUUAAAGUCAAAAAGAGCGAUCCUAAGUGCAGUACGCCGAGACUCACAUCGAGAUCUUUCAACGAGACUGUAAAGACAUCCGAAGGCAAAAAGAGUUCGGAGAAGAUCAAGGUGCCUAAGACUAAGACUAAGAAGAGGACGGUUGUGGCGGAAGACGAGAAGACCGAGCCAGCUUGCGCCAAAAAGAGAUUAGGACAGAUUGAACGAGACUACCAAAAGGUAGUGGAAAACCUCGGCAUGGUGGAACGCAUGAUGGCUUGCGUUAACGAAAGGAUUAUGAAUCAGAAGAAUAAGGGAGAUCGAAAUUCUAUGGAGACAGUAGGCAGUGUAGAGAAACACUGCGAUCAGCCUAAAAGUAAGAAUAAAUUACAAAAAUCGUACGAGCAAAAGGCUAAAGCGGCAAAACAAGCAUCUAACGGAGAAUUCACAUCAACGAACGAAUCCGAAGGGGCCGACAGCUCGGCAAAGAUCAAAGGGGAUAAGAAAAUUGUAGACAGGACCUCCCCGAAAGAAACCAAAGACGUCCCACGAAGAACUAAGAAAGAUGCGAAGGAAGUUAGCCAAAUUGAAGAAAAAUCUGAUUGCAAAAAAAAUUUGGAGAAAUGUGUGGACGAAGAACUUAUCAAGCAGUUUAAACAGGUUGAAGAUCUGAAUAAAAAGGCGAUCAACAAUACCAGGAGUAAAGCCGAACAGCAGCGAGCUUUGAAUCCUCUGUCUAGGAUUAAAAUAAAUGACAGCCUAUCCGACAUCGACGCACUGAUCGAUAAUGCUGUAAUGGAACUGGGUAAUUUGGUUUCCAGCGAUUUCGACAUUUCCCAGGGCAGCUCCGAUGCUAGUUUCAAGCUAACAUCUGAAGAAGGAGCACAAACUCUACAUGACGAGUUUAAACUUGUCACGAGCUCUACGACUUCCUUAGACAGUGAAAACGCUCUUUUCGGCGAAGAAUCCGAUAAGUUCGAGAUAUCGAAAUCUUUUCAGGAAUUGAAGGAAUCCUACGUGAAAAAGAUUAAGCAGGAAACUUCCGAAAAGAAAAAGAAACCUACAAAAACCAAAGCUGAAGAAAGAGAUCAGGACGUUUCGAAGAAGAACUCCUUCGAUCAGCUACACGAGGAAAUAUUCAACGAUUCCAGUUGGAAUAAGCUGGAUCCUAUGAGUUUCGAUUUGAAAACAACUGAAGAAAAGGAAGUAGAUCAAAACGCCUCCGAUAAAACAGGAAACAGUAAAUUAAAACAAGAUGUGGGAAAAGAAAAACCAAACUAUGCAGUGAUGGAAGCACUAGUCCCCACGAGAAUAGAAAACAUCCAUGACUGUGAAGAAAAUGAACAGAUCAUCACAAUUUCUCUACCUGGGGAAAAAGAGAUCAAAAAUUCUUUCAGAAAAUCUAGGGAUUUUGUCCCAAACAUACAAGAAGUGGACACAGAACAGCUGGAUGACGAAACUCUGCAAAUAACGGUAACGCUCAAGGGUGACUCCAAAGAUAAUAAAGAAGAAAACAUUUGCGAUAAUACUAAGAAACAUGUAGCCGAGCCAGCAGUUUCGGAAAGUGAACUUGGGGACUUUGAUGCCAACCGUAGACAAGAAAGGUCCCUCAGGAAGCAACAAAAAAAGAAAAUUAAGGAUAAAAAAUCGGCAAAACCGAUCAACAAGGAAAAAGUAAAAACACCUAAAUCUCAACUGAAAGAAGUAGAACACCUUCAACCUGAAAAAGAAAUCGAUAACGCAAACUACAUAGACAUUGACAAGAAAGAGAGCGCUGAAGACUCCACGGGUGACACCCCCAAGAACAAAAUAAAACCAAAAUUAAAGAGAAAAUCGAAGAAACUUGUCCAACCUACCAUAGAAAUCCUCCCUAUAGGCCCAAAAGAUAUAAAAGAGAUAAAGAAGUUGGAGAGCAAUUUCAGUGAGGAUUCAAGUUAUUCCAGCGUCUCAAGCCUAGAAGACAGCAUGUUCUGGGCCAAGGAGAUUCCAAAAGCUGAGGAAGUCAAACCCAUUGAUCCCAUGAAGCAGGUUUCCAUACAGUGCAAGAAACUCAUAGGCGAUCUAGUAGUGGUGGAAGACGUCAGCCUACAAAAUAUCAUGAAUGGAUACUUCAAUUCUACCUUAAUCCGAAGCCUUGUUGGUAGACCAAAAAGACCCCGCUCAGUAAGAAUCCAUACACCCAUCCAAGACCCUGACUUGAGGUCAAUAGUACCCGAAGUCCACCGUAAGAAGGCAGUGUCAGACCUUCACGAGCGCAUGGAGUUUCAAAUAAGACAGACUGACAGCUUCGACGGCUUUCUCAAUCUGAUGAACAAAACUAGGAGAAAGGCUUUGAUCAAACAGGCUGAAAGGCAGGACCACAAUUUGAGGUGUCAAAUGAAGACUUGCUUGAGGAAACGCUAUCCAUUCAGAGUGGUGACCGCCUCAGUACCACCAGCGUACGACAGGUCCAAGGAGAAGAAGGAUCCCGAGAAGAAGUUCAUCAACAGUUUAUGGUUUUCCCCAAAAGACUUCAAACUGAGGAGGAACAGCAGAAUAUUUAAUAGGAAGAGAAUGGAGAUGUACUGCCAAUCAUUGCACAAAGGUCCUAUGAUACCGAAAUGUAAAUGCGGAGAAGUGACCUCUAAGGAAGGAAAGAAGGCCUCCAACUACAGCAUUUUAGUGCGCAGUGGCACGCCUUUAGGUAGAAGACCUAACACCCCAAGACGUUGGAUCCAGCUGAGACCUCCAUCGGCGGCCGGAGGGCACUCUCAAAGGCCCCGACUGCACCAUUGCGACAUACUAGACGACUUAACCCUCAAAGAUUUGGCCCCUUUCAACGCCGAAUACCCCAGAAACGACGAAAGGAAUAUACCAGAAAGUUUGCAGGGCAGCCUAUUGUACAAACUUGCAUGCGGAGGACAUAAGGGAGAUGCUGACGGAACCUUGAUGGAACUCGUGGCACCUAAGCUGAGCUGCACGCAAAACGACUGCAAAUUCUGCCGAUUCAAAUCGAAAAACGACAAAAAAUCAACGAGAAAAAUCAGAAGUGCCAAAAAAUCCGGAGAUGAUGACUCUGUCACGUCAACGAAAACCAACGAACUUCAGAACUUGACGCCCAAAGCCGCUACCCAGCUGUUAAUUCAGAACAUCGGAGAAAUCAAGUCGAAAAAGAGUUCGACGAAAUCACAGUCGAGCGAUAAAAAUCUUGUCAAGCAAAAGGAGACUAAGUCUAAACGAAGCCUGAGAAAGAAUUCGAGAAAGGUGCUAGCACAAGAUUCCAAAUCAGCAGUUCACCAGAGGAUCGAAGAGAACUUGGUCAAAAAGACCUUCUUCAACCAACAUGUUCCAAUCGUAAAUAUCGUGGCCAAGACCACGGCACCGAAGACGUGUGUAUUCAAAGGUGUUGACCAAAUGCAAAAGGUUCUGAAGGUGCCAGAACUUUACCUUAGGGCAACAGGAAGAAGAUCGACAGCUGCCAAGUUGUUUCCGUACAUACACGAUCCGGAAAAUAAGGUCUUCCAAAACAUAACUGUUCUUCCAGUGAAGGUAUUCUAUGAUUUCGACCCGCUCAAACAUUAUUCAGAGAACAAAAUAUUAGAGGAAGUUGUGGAUCUAGAACGAUCUCCUAUAAACAUCACCUCUUUGUCGGAAACCGACGAACUCGAGGUAUCCACCGUUGAAAAUGUAAGGCCUUCCACUGCAGGCGACAGGAAAUCCAAGAAGAAAACGGCCGGUAGAAGGCGCGUCGGUACACCCAAAACUCCUAACUUCGGAUCAAGGCAGAAUCCAAAUAAAUUCGUCAAUCUUCCUCAGAAUACAAAAACUCGCCACGUCGACGUGAGUCUCACUCGAAAGAGUCGGGAAAUCAUCGAUGGCGAAACCCAGGAAAAUUUUUCUAAGUUUUCUUCUAGAAAAAAUAGAUACAGGAGAUCAGAAAGCCUAGAAAAAUCGACGGAAAGCGAUAAUACAGGUUUCCAAUGUCAGAGCAAGAAAUUAAGUAAUCCGAAUCCUUGGAAACCGGCAUCCAGACGUCCAAGAACACCAAAAACCCCACUGUUGCCAAAAUCGCCAAUCGGCAUGCGAUAUAUCGAAAGGAACAAUAUUCAAAAUCUAUCUAAGACUUCUUCUACCGGAAGGAUCUCCCCAAGGCAAAGAUCGAUGCAAGAAACCAAAGAGCAACCGCAGAUGCAAACGCUGGUCAACAAGGAGAAGAAACUCCGAUUCGAAAUUAAUCCUAUGAAAGUUUUCUACGACAUGGAUUUGACGGAACAAAAACAACAUAAAAACCCUAAGUUUAUAAAUAUAAACUCCACACCUUCAACGCCAAUACACAGAUGUCGUCCGUUGAGUCCAAGUCAGAAAGUAAUGGUUGAUCAUCUCCACAUGCUAAGAAACCGCAACACCAAGCUCCAAGGCAACAUUCAAAAAGCUAUAAAUAUUAUCGAAGAGAAAAUGGUGGACGUAUUGUCAACAAAUGACCAUAUCUAUAAGAAAAAGACAAUAGAUAAGAUGGAAAAAGAAAUCAAUAAAGUACUAAAGAUGAUAAAUGAACAAAAUACUAAACAAAACAAAAAUGUCGAUGACACAGAAAGUUCUAACGUUCGAAAGAUCUCAUCAAAAAGCGAUAUUGUUAGACCAAAGCAAGAACCAGAGGAAGAAAGUACGACGAAGGCCCUCAUAACUCCAGCUGUCAGUUUCAAGAUGCCUAAACCUCCCAAAAAACGAUCUAUAUCAAGAAUAAUGAAGUUCCACAGCAGACCAAGUACUGUAGAAGAAGAAAGAAGUUUCGACAUACCAGAAGAACUAGAACUGUUCAAGAUAAACGAGGGAAACGGAAAUAAAAAUGAAGAAACACAUAACUGCCAAUUGAAAGAUCAAAUUAAAACCGAACAGGAGUUGAAGAGAAAAGAUUUGGAACUUUACCCAUCUCAUAUAGCAAGUGAAGAGGGAGAUAUUCCCCUGUGUCCAAUUUUGAGAUGUCCUACUCCAAAAACAUCCUUCACCAGUCUGAGCCAAAAAACCAAGAGGGUCUUGAGGAAGAUGUCGAAGGAAGCCUUUGGUAAAUUCGCCGACGUGGUCAAGACAAAAACAAGAUUAAUAAUCGAUAUGACAGAACGAAUAAACGUUGACGAUGGUAACAUGCUGCCUAAUCCCAAGAUAACGUCGGCGCUACCAGCGAUCCUGGCUGGUGCCAAACUACCAGUUAUCACUACCAUACAUAAACCCAAAACCACGGCAGACCUGAUGAGCACUACCGUUUCGUCCAUAGUGAGCGUCCAUCAAGCGCCGUUCGAGAGUAUAUUGAACGCAAGUGCUGAAGCACUGAGCGCUGCAACAACGGAAAUUUCGGAAUUCGCCAACGGCUGCGCAGAAAGAAGUAUUACCAGUUUUAGCGGUUCAGAGAGCUACACUUGGAGAAAGAUUGAAUUAUCUCAACCAAUGGAAUUUCAAUGCUCUGCAUGCUCCUUAAAAGGAGAUAUCUCCCACGAUCUAACGCCCUUCAUGAAGGCUCUGAAGAAUCUAAAGGCUGGCAGACUCUUUGAGAAACGUCACCAAUUGCUUCCGAUAGAAGAUACCUCCCCAAACUUCAGAAAACUCCUGGAUUUCCUAGAGGGCCUUUCUAAGGUGAAAGAGACUUUCAAUCAGACUACAAUGAAGGACGUUCAGUUAAUGUGGAACCCUGAGAAAAGAUGCAGCUUUCACAGUUCUAUUGCAGGAUCUACCAAACUUCGGUUCAGGAAGAACACAAAAGCUAUUUCAGAACAUUCAAUCGUCCAAACCCCAACUUCGAGCUUCUCGGAUCUCCUAUUCCAUAAAGGUAUUGAAGAAAAACGAACAGACCUUGAUUCUUCAAUUGACGACAUUAAAGAAGGACUGUAUCAUCGAAACGAUGAACAGAAAAAACGAACUACAAUGGAAAACACCGAAGAUAUCCUGAGGGAAUCAAAAGCCAUAUACCAAUCAAUACCAGAAAUGCAAAAAAACAAAGAGCAAGAUUACAAAAAAGUGAAAUUGGUGUUUUCUGAAGUGCAACUUAUAUCUAUAUCUAACAAAAAAAUAUCUUUAAAGAACAAAACGAAAAAAGAAACCACAAGCUUAGAUCACAAAAGAACUAUCAUUAUGCUGAAAGAUGACAGAUAUUCUAAUAUUUUGAAAUAUUUUUAUCUUAUUUUUUAUGCCUUUGUGUACUUUUGCAUGACAUCAAUGAAUUUCUCUUGCAAGUAUCAAGAAAAUUAUUUAUAAUAGUAAAUAUACAAGUGUAAUGUCAAUAAAUUCAAGUAUGUUAAUUCAA